AUGCGUGUUCCUACCUCUACGAGCAGCUUCAUUGCUGUUGCUGCCUUGUUUUGCAGCAAUCCAGUAUCUGCGAGUCCUGCUAGAGUCCCAAGAGCUGUCACUGAAUCUGCUCUCGACGCUUGGGUUUCUGUCGAUGCCAGCGGGUCUCCUGUGGCUACCAUUACGCCAGUUCUCACAACGAUUAGUGGCGUAGCUACCACGAUCAGCGCAGCGCCUGCGAGCCUGACAGCUACCACAACCUCGAGUCACAGUGAUGAUAAGCCGACCCCUACACCUGGAGCUCCAGAACCUACCUCGACCGGCGGAGGUGCAUUCCAAGUAUGUCACAACACCGACGGCCCAUUUGCGCCUUUUUGCAAACCAGAUAAUGGCACGAGCGUGUAUGUUGGGGAUACAUACUAUAUAACCUGGGAUACCAACCACAUCACCCAAAAGAACGCCACCGUACUCAUCCAGGUGAACUACGUCAACACGUCGGGCGGCAUACAAGCAUUCCAAUCGCCGGAGACAACAAAUGCAUAUGGAUUUUACGCGUGGACUAUCGACAAAGCUUGGUUGAAAGACCAGUCGUCCAACAAUGUUACUCUUUUCAUGACGAUUCUGAACCCUCAUGCCGACCAACCAGCCACUUUGCCAGGCCCAACCCUAGAAAUUACUAAUAAACCAAAAGAUUAUUAUCGCCAGCCGAAGACUCAAGCACCCAAGGGACAGUCGUUGUACAUCGCCCUGCCCACAGUUUUCGGCUUCAUAGUCCUGUGUGUCUGCGGUGGCUAUAUCAUCAACCGCAAGCGUCGGACGAUCGGCCUCGGUAAUGUCAUGGGUCGUCGUAACGGAUAUGGAGUCGGGAAGUCUCGGUCCCAGAGACUCGGGCUAGGCAAGAAGAACGCGGGGGCAAUUAAGCUGCGCGACCAGGAACUGACCGCAGAUGGCCAGUACCGAGAUAGCCCAGCGGCCAAUGACGAGAGACGUCGGGCCGCUGGGCAUACGAGGGUAGAUUCCGAUGGGUUGGGGAGUCUGGCAGGUACGCCCACGGAGGAGAGAAGGGACUAUUUCAGGGACGAUAUGAGGCGGUAA